CCCUGCAGUCAACACCAAUUACUUUACCAUUCUAAAGUCUCUGUAAAGCCAGUGAAUAUUUUCCAAAUCUCCAAACACUCUGAUUGCUUCAACCCAAGUACGAUGGCUUCUGCUUCGUCUUCUUCUACUCAAGAAAAGUACGAUGUCUUUCUUAGUUUUAGAGGUGAGGACACUCGCAACGCUUUUACCAGCCACCUCAAUGCUGCUUUGUGUCGAAGAAAGAUUAAAACUUUCAUCGAUGAUGAAAUUAAAAGAGGAGAUGAGAUUUCACCCUCUCUUUUGUAUGCAAUUGAAGGAUCAAAGAUUUCAAUUGUCAUUUUCUCUAAAGACUAUGCUUCUUCUCAAUGGUGCCUCGAUGAACUCGUGAAGAUCAUGGAUUGCAAGAAGAUGCAUGGUCAGAUUGUGAUUCCAAUUUUCUAUCAUGUAAAUCCAUCAGAUGUAAGGAAGCAAACUGGGACUUAUGGAGAUGCAUUUGCUAAGCAUGGAGUACGAUACCGGCAGAAGGAAGAGAUGUUGCAAAGAUGGAGGAGUGCUUUGACGGACGCAGCCAAUCUAUCUGGCUUUGAUUCAAAUAUCGUUAGGCCUGAAUCAAAACUUAUAGAGAGGAUUAUUGAACAUACUUUGAAGAGAUUGAAUGAUAUGUCAUCUAUUGAUAAUAAGAACUUGAUUGGAAUAGCAAUGAAGGUUCAAGAAAUUAAAUCUUUAUUGUCUAAUGGACCAAAAGAAGUAUUCAAGGUAGGGAUUUGGGGUAUGGGUGGUAUAGGCAAGACAACUCUUGCUGACGCAGUUUUCAAUGACAUCUCAAGUCAAUUUGAAGCUUCUUAUUUCACUAAAAAUGUUAGGGAAGCAUCGGAAAAAGGUGAACUAAGUCACUUGCGACAAGAACUUCUUUCUACAAUAUUAGAGGAUGAACACGUCAAUAUAAGGCUCACAUUCACAAAAGAAAGGCUUGGACGCAAAAAGGUUCUUAUUGUUUUUGAUGAUGUGACAGACUUGAAACAAAUAAGGGAAUUAAUUGGAGAUCUUGAUUAUUUGGGUUCUGGAAGUCGAAUCAUUAUAACAACAAGGGACAAACAAGUGCUUAAAACUUGUCGACUCGAUGAUGUGACCAUAUAUGAGGUCAAAAGAUUAGAUGGUUAUGAAUCUUUUCAACUUUUUAUACAGCAUGCCUUCAAACAAAACCAUUUUAUCGAUGAAGGUUAUAUGGAGCUAUCAAAUAGAGUAAUAAAUUAUACUAAAGGUGUGCCUUUAGCUCUUGAAGUCUUAGGUUGCUUUCUACUUGGUAGAGAAAAAUUUGAAUGGGAAAGUGCAUUGGAUGAAUUAGAAAACUCUCCCAAUAAGACUAUUCAAACUGUGCUUAAGAUAAGUUACGAUGGAUUAGAUUGUAAAGAGAAGGAUUUAUUUCUAGAUAUUGUGUGCUUCUUUAAUGGAUGGGAUAAUGAUCUGGUUAGUAUCUUCAGUUCACGUAUUGGAAUCAGUGUUCUCAUUGAUAAGGCUCUCAUUUCUAUUUCAUACAAAACCAUAAGAGUUCAUGAUUUGCUUCAAGAUAUGGGUAGGGAAAUUGUUCGACAAGAGUCUGUUCAUAAACUUGGCCAUAGAAGUCGAUUGUGGCAUUAUAAUGUCGUCUAUCAUGUACUGAAAAAGAAUCUUGGAACUGAUACAGUACGUGGCAUAUGUUUUGAUAUGUACCAUAUAAGAGACAUACACCUGAAUCCGUCUGCUUUCUCGAAGAUGCAUAAUCUAAGAUUCUUGAUUGUGUAUAACUCAUAUUGGAUACACGAUAAUAAGGUGCAUGGUUUUGAUGGCAUUGAAUUUGAUUUCACAGAGCUAAGAUGCCUCCAUUGGGAUAAUUACCCUUGCACAUUGUUGCCAUUGAAUUUUGAUCCAGAUAAUCUUGUUGUACUUAAGAUGCACAACAGCAAUCUUGAACAACUAUGGACUGGUACUAAGGAUCUUGCUAAUUUAAAAUACAUUGACAUAAGUUACUCAAAUCAUCUACUUAAAGUCCCAGACCUAUCAGAAGCUCAAAAUCUAGAGAGCUUGAUUCUAGAAGGUUGUACAAGUUUGUUUGAGAUUACUCCUUUAUCUCGGAAUCUCAAUAAACUUGUUAAUUUGAAUCUAAGAAAUUGCAGAAGCCUUAUCAGUCUCCCAAUUGGCAUUCAAUCUAAGUCUUUAAGAGAUGUUGUUCUCUCUGGCUGCUCUAGUCUCAACGCUGCUCCAAGGAUCUCAUGUAAUAUGGAACGAUUGUGUUUAGAUGGAGCUGCAAUAAAAACAUUAUCUUCUUCGAUCGAAAGUCCCUCGAGACUAGUUCAAUUGAAUCUUCAGGGUUGUUCAGGGCUUGAAAGUCUUCCAAGCAGCUUUUGUAAUUUGAAUUCCCUUAGACAACUUAAUCUCUCUGGUUUGUCAAACCUAAAGUUUGUUCUAGGGAUCCCACGCAAUAUAGAAGAGUUAUAUUUAGAUGGAACUGCGAUAAAAGAGUUGUCUUCAUCGAUUGAGAAUGCAUCCAAUCUAGUAAGAUUGAGUCUAAAAAAUUGUUCAAGCCUUGAGAGUCUUCCAAACGGCCUUUUUAAAUUGAAUUCUCUGAAAUAUCUUUGUAUCUCUGGUUGUUUGAAGCUUAAUGGAUUGCUCAAAGACAUAGGAAAUUUAGAAAGUUUGGAAGUGCUAGAUGCUCAUGGAAUUCUUUUAGGAGAACAACUAUCAUCUCUGGGACAUUUGAAGAAUCUUCAUCAUUUAUCUUUUGAGGGAUGUAAGCUGAAGCCUCCAUUGCCUAUUUUACCAGGUCUUCCAUUUCUAAGGAGAUUAAAUAUAAAUCACUGCGAUCUUACAGAGUUACCCAAUAAUCUUGGCGAGUUGUCCUUCCUCACAGAUUUAAAAUUGGACGGAAACAAUUUUGAGAGUCUACCAACAAGCAUCAUUAACCUUUCUGCUUUAAAGCUACUUAGCAUAAGUUUUUGUAAUAGGCUUCAAUCCUUACCAAAGCUUCCAUGUAAUCUGCAAGAAGUUGAGGCAGAUGGUUGCAAAUUGCUGAAAGUGUUAUCUGGUUUGGAAACUCCGAGUGAUAGUAUAAUAUCUAUCACUGAUAGAUAUUACAACAUGACGCUUAACUUCAGCAAUUGCUUCAGUCUAGAUUGGGAUGCAGUUAGAACGAUUUUGAUUGAUUCUCUCUUGGAAUUUUCAAAGCGGAGUAUUGUCAGAGCUUAUUUAGUAUUCCCUGGGAGUGAAAUUCCAGAGUGGUUUGACAUUCAAAGUAAUGGAUCUCACAUAGAGUUACCACGUGGUUGGGUUAAUGGUACAUUUUUCGGUUUUGCCUUUUGUGCCAUUGUCGGAAUUCCCAAAAACCAUUGCUGUUCAUCGACUGUUGGGUAUUUGUUGCGUUGGAAAUUCCCAAUGUAUAGCCAGCCUCUUGAUAGUGCCCUAUUUACCACUGGACGUAUUAAUUCAGAUCACGUAUUCGUGUGGUGUAGUUUCGGUACAGCAGCUGAGGCUUCCUUUUAUGGAGAUACGGAGGCCAUCAUCAAUUUCUACAGUCCAAACGAUCUAAUAAUAAAGAAGUGUGGGGUCCGUCUGUUUUAUGCACACUCCCGAAAAGAUUAAAACUCUCGUUACAGGUAAUUAAAGAACAUAUAUACCUUAAUCUUUACGUCACAUAAUGAAGUAGUUCUAUCUCUAGACUAUUUUCAUGCUUUAUGACUAAUUUUUGAAUGAUUUUCU